GCCUGCCCUACCACCCCCGAGGAUGGCACCUACUGUGGCUUCAUCAACCCUGAGGACCCUUGCGCUCCUCAGCCUGACGGAAAUGGUCCCAAGGUCACUCCCGACACCACUGAUGCGUUCCUUGCCUACGCUCCCUUCCACAGCAUGGCCUCUGCUGCUCCUACUGUCGUCGCCAGCAACAACGGAGCCGGAAACGCCUACCAGCAGACCUUCCGCGACUUGAACGCUUCCUCAAGCGCCAACUCGUACCUCGGUCUCUACACCUUGAACUCGUACAGCGUUGCUGACUGUGCUGCCCACUGUGACACCACCGCUCUCUGCACUGCCUUCAACAUCUACAUCGAGCGCGACCCCAGCCAGAACCCUACCAAGAACGACUCCACUGCUCCCACUGUUUGGGGUUACUGGUGCCCCAACCCUUCGUCCAUCACCAACUUCAAGUGCACUCUGUGGGGAUCCAACCUUGAGGCUGCUACCGCUACCAACCAGGGCGGCUGGCGCGAGGACUUCAACGUUGUCGUGACCGGAUCCAACGGAUACGAUGCUACCAACACCACUCUUCCUCCUAACGUUUCUUCCAGCACUUCGUCAUCUGCUGCUGCCGCUACCACCACCGCCUCUUCUGGUCCAACCUGGGGCAGCCCCAAGGGUUGCGGUGGCAAGGCCAUCAACGCUCCCAACUACUGGAUGGGUUCCAAGUUCUUCCCCGGCCCCUUCAACCCUCAAGUCUGCGCCGACUACGCCUCGUACCAGCACAUCCUGAACAAGCAGUCCGCCAUCUUGGCUGGCAAGUCUUACUUCACUCCCUGCAACAGCUUCAACGCCUACUACCUCCACAAGAACGGCAUUCCUCACGGUACCUACUGCGCUCUGUACGAUGCUAGCAUCAGCAUCAGCUACGCUACCUACACCGGUGGCUGGUCUGGCAGCAACAAGUACGACUGCAGACAGUCUUACCAGUAC